AUGAAUAUUGAUGGCCAUUUAAAACAUAUUAUGGCUCAAAAUGAUGAUGAAAAUGAAAGUCAAUUGCAAUUGAUCUCAAUUGAAGAUAGUAGUAAUGCAUCUUAUAUUGCUAUACCAACAAGUGAAUCUCCACAAUUAUUAAUGGCUUUACCUGUGCAACAUAUUGAAACUAAUUUUACACCACGAAUAACUUAUAAAACAGCUGGUGGUAAACCACUUUUACAGUGGUGGCGACGAAGGACAUCGCUUGAGCAAUUUUUUAUUUUGCUUACAUUUCUUAUGGCUACAACAAUUAUCAUAUUAUUGACAUUAUUUCUAUCUUUAAAUGAUGAUAUUACUAAUCUGAAGAAAAAAGAAUUCAGUAAUACUGAUAGCAAUAAGAAAAUUUUUGAGGAUAUUGAAAAACGGGUAUGCUUAACAAAAGGUUGCAUUCAAGCAGCAAAUAAUCUUCUAAUGGCAAUGAAUUUAUCAGCUGAUCCAUGUGAUAACUUUUUUGAAUAUGCUUGUGGUCAAUGGAAUCGUGAUCAUAUGAUACCAGAUGAUAUGUUUGCUUAUGGGACAUUUGCAUCUGUUAGAGAGAAUGUACGACAACAAAUGAGAGUAUUACUGGAAUCAGAUGAACAACCAAAAUCAAGAUCAAUUAAAAUGACACAUAUUGCUUAUCAGACAUGCAUGAAUGUUAGCAAAAUUGAAUCAGUCAAAUCAUCGCAAUUGCUAAAAUCACUACGUCAAUUAGCUAAAUGGCCAUUAUUAGAUAAUAAUAACAAUAAUAAUAAAAAUUGGAAUGAAAAUUUAUUUAAUCUUACCAAUAUCUUAGCAUCAUCUCGUCGAUAUUUUGGAAAUGAAAUUUUUUUUCAAAUUUAUGUUUAUGCGGAUGCGAAGAAUACAACAAGAAAUAUUUUAUAUUUAGAUCAAGGAGCACUUGGAUUAGGACGUGGUUCACGUGAUUAUUACCUCAAUGCAACAAUGUUUGCGAAGCAUUUGAAUGCGUACAGGAAAUAUCAACUUGAUAUAAUUAAAUUACUUUUGGAUGAUGCUAAUAUUACCUAUGAUUUAUCACAAUUGAUCAUUGAUCUCAAUGAUAUUAUCAAUUUUGAAACAAAAUUCGCUGAGAUUAUAGUGCCAGAAGAUGAUCGACGUAAUAGCACAAGAUUAUAUAAUGGAAAAAUAAUUUCAGAUUUAUACACAUUGUUUCCAAAGAUUGAUUGGUUAAAUUUCUUUUAUCAAAUAUCACCAAUAUCAAUUCAUAAUUUAAUCAAAAAUAAUACACAAAUAAUUAUUGGCGAAGUUGAUUAUAUGUACAAUAUUGCAACAUUGAUCAAUAAUAACAGCAAUUAUUUAUUGGCAAAUUAUAUUUUUUGGCGUAUUGUACAUUCGUGGGUGAAAAUAUUGGAUGGACGAUACGAAGAUAUCAAACAUGUUUUUCUACGGGUAAUGACUGGUCAACAAACUAAAUCGCCACGUUGGAAAGAAUGUGCGCAAGUGACGAUAGGUUUAUUACCGCUAGCUGGUGGAGCGCUUUAUGUUCGAGAACAUUUUGAUUCAACUGAUAAACAAGAAGCUUUGAAAAUGAUUGCAAAUCUUCAAGAAGCAUUCAAAGAGCUUGUUGAUGAAAGUGAUUGGAUGGAUGAGGAAACGAAAAAAGUUGCUAUUGAAAAGGCAGUAAGUAUGAUUAAUAAUAUUGGUUAUCCUGAUUUUAUCAAUAACUAUACAGCACUUGAUAAACAUUAUGAAAAAUUAAAUUUUACAAGUGAUGAUUCAUACUUCGAUUUACUAAGAAAGGUACUUAUGUGGUCACAAGAAAAAGAAUUUUUACGAAUGAAAGAACCAUUUGAUAAGCGUGAAUUUGAAGUAAGUCCAGCAGUUGUCAAUGCAUUCUAUUCACCAGAAAAGAAUGCCUUAACAUUUCCUGCAGGAAUUCUCAAACCACCAUUCUUUAGUGGUACAUAUCCAAAAAUGGUAAAUUAUGGUGCAAUAGGUGCAGUAAUAGGACAUGAAGUUACACAUGGAUUUGAUGAUCAAGGAAGUCAAUAUGAUAAAGAUGGUAAUUUAUUAAAUUGGUGGAAUGUUGAUUCAUAUAAUGGUUUUGCUAAACGAAAAGAAUGUAUUAUUAAUCAAUACAGCUCAUAUGUGGUACCAAAUACUGAUUAUAAGGUUAAUGGUAAACUUACACAAGGUGAAAAUAUAGCUGAUAAUGGUGGCGUAAAAGAAGCUUACAGAGCUUAUAGAAAAUAUAUUAAACAAUUAGGUCAUGAAGAACCACAUUUGCCAGGUUUUCAAAAUUUUUCCAAUGAUCAAAUAUUUUUCCUAUCGUACGCUCACUUUUGGUGUGGACAUAAGAAGGAAGCAGCAGCAUUGCAACAAGUACUUAUUGAUGAGCAUAGUCCUGAGGUAUUUCGGGUUAUCGGAGUCCUAUCAAAUUUACCCGAAUUCAGUAAAGCAUAUAAUUGCCCACAGGGUAGCCAAUUGAAUCCAUUAAAGCGUUGCACAGUUUGGUAA